GUAUGUACGUGACUUAGCUAAUAAGCCCUGCGACACUGACAACACUUUGUACUGUAUGGGUGUGUCCCUGGUCAUGUGAUCCAGUGACGAUCAUUCAGGGAUCGUUUGCUCUGCCCUUACGCUGAUGGUUGUGGCAGGGAAAUCAGGUGAUCGCCUACACACUCGGAGAAGCCGUUUCCGGAAGCAGAGCCAAGAAGGAGAGCAGCAUAGCGGCAGUCUAUAUACCCACAAGACCGCACCGGCUCCCUCCACACUUCCUCCCCGGUGUCACGUCAACCAACCAGAAGCCGCCGCUGCAGAAUGUGACCCGCUCCUGGCUUCUUUUUCCUCAUCGUUCCAGACGAGCCAAUCAGAAAGCUUCAGAGAGCUUGUGACCACAGCGACUAGCCAAUCAGCGCGUGGGUCACCGUGUCGCUCCCGUCCUCCUGUCUAUACUACCUAUUGCUCCGUCAUGUCGGCGGUUCCGUGUUCGGCCGCCUCGUCCUCCGGGCCGGUACCGGGAAUGUCUAUGUUUCGCUGGCUGGAGGUGUUGGAGAAGGAGUUUGAUAAGGCGUUUGUGGACGUUGACCUAUUGCUGGGCGAGAUAGACCCUGACCAGGCCGACAUCACGUAUGAGGGCAGGCAGAAGAUGACCAGCCUGAGCUCCUGCUUUGCCCAGCUAUGCCAUAAAGCUCAGACAGUCAGCCAGAUCAACCACAAGCUGGAGGCCCAGCUUUUAGACAUGAAAUCCGAGCUGACAGAGACUCAGGCAGAGAAAGCAGUAUUGGAGAAAGAGGUUCAUGACCAGCUGCUCCAGCUCCAUGCCGUACAGCUCCAGUUACAUGCCAAAACAGGCCAAAAUGUGGAUUCUGGGGUCAUCAAAGCCAAACUGUCUGUGCCUAGUAUGGAAGUACUGGAAAAGGAAUUGGAGGCCAGCAAGAAGGAAAAGGUGAAGGAAGCGCAGUUAGAGGCUGAAGUAAAGCUGCUUCGUAAAGAAAAUGAGGCUCUCCGUAGACACAUUGCUGUUCUCCAAGCAGAGGUUUAUGGGGCAAGGCUGGCUGCUAAAUAUCUAGACAAAGAGCUGGCUGGAAGGGUGCAGCAGAUACAGUUGCUUGGUCGAGAUAUGAAGGGUCCAGCCCAUGAUAAACUAUGGAAUCAACUUGAGGCCGAAAUUCACUUACAUAGACAUAAAACAGUUAUCAGAGCCUGCAGAGGAAGAAAUGACUUGAAGAGACCCUUGCCAGCUCCUCCAGGGCAUGAUCCAGACUGCCUAAAGAAAAGUCAAGGCGUUGGUCCAAUCAGAAAAGUUGUGUUGGUUAAAGAAGACCAUGAAGGACUUGGCAUAUCAAUUACAGGAGGAAAGGAGCAUGGUGUUCCUAUUUUAAUAUCAGAAAUUCACCCAGCUCAACCUGCUGAUCGCUGUGGAGGCCUCCAUGUUGGUGAUGCCAUUUUGGCAGUUAAUGGUAUAAAUUUAAGGGAUGCCAAACACAAAGAAGCGGUCACCAUUCUUUCUCAACAGAGAGGAGAAAUUGAGUUUGAAGUAGUCUAUGUUGCUCCAGAGAUAGAUUCUGAUGACGAGAACGUGGAAUAUGAGGAUGAGACUGGACAUCGCUAUCGCUUGUAUCUUGAUGAGUUGGAAGAAGGUGGAACUAGCCCUAGGGCAACCAAUAAAGAUGGAAGUGAUGAAACUAAACCGUUACGAGUGUUUGACCAGAAGCAUCACCUUGAGGUACAUGAAAAUGGAGAGCUGGAGUCGACAAGCGAAUCUCUUGCUGGGGACACAGCUUCCAAGUUGGCAUAUUCUUCUGAAUCCUUGUCAUAGAACAGCCUCCUGUUUAGAUGAAGAGACCAAUACUCGCUCUAGUGGAUGAGACACUACAGUCUCCAUGGAGGCUGGAUAACUCUGCCUCCAAUGCCGUUUCCUCAGGGUUUGUCUGAGCAAUUCUACUUGUGCAAAAAUCUGUCAUUAAUCCACUAGGAGUUGUUGCAUGUUUUUUUUUUUUCUUUUUUUUUUUCUACUUCUUUUUUUUGUAAGCACCAAAGCAUGUCUUUAAUUGUAACAUGAAAAGAUCUUUUAUUUUUUGUAAUUGCUUUACAUGUCUGUCAUUGGUGAAACUGGACUGAUAGUGUUUACAAGACAGAUCUAGAAGGGAGUUUGACAAGAGGGAUAGAGAAAAUGGAAGAAGGGCAUCAUUUACCCUAAACAUUGGUUUGAGUAGACAUCCAAGUGCCAACCUGGGCCAGCACAAUCAUGCCACAAGUGAGGCUUGUUCUUUGUCAUGCAGUAACAAUGUCCUGCCUUCUGCAGUCCUUUUUUUGUAUUUAACGAUUUUCUAAUAAGAUUGUUAUUAUUCCGCCCGUGUAUGUAUUUUUUAUUUAUCCAGAGUAUAGGUGGACUCUGACUACACAGGGUACCCAUUACCUUGUCCUGAGAACCUCAGACCUUUUUGUAGGUGAGAAGGAUUAACUGCAGUGUUUGCUUUUCUUUCCCUCAUUUGCCAAAAAUAAUUGACUAUUUUAGCUUGGAAUGCAAAAAAGACUGUUUACUAAACCAGAACAUUAAUAUAUUUGGGAUUACACAGGAUUUCAUGGGCAAUCGAGAGGGGAGGAAAUGUGAAUGUUCCCCCUUCACUGAAAUCCUUCCCUCUUAAAUGGGUUUAAAAAGUGUUGUGUGAACCCUGCUCGACACUGCAGUUGAUCAGUGUACAUAAACAGGGACUUGCCAUUUGCGAUCAAUGUAUAAAAUGGAUCUAGAACCGUUCCGCCCACCCCUCUCCCAUAUUGUCCCUAUUUUUCCAACUGCACUAAAGGCAUUAUGAGAGAGCCUUGGGAAGUGUAUAUAGUAGUUCAAUUGCUAUUUAUAAAGAUAUUUAGUCUUUCCUGUUUGUGACCUGAUCAUUUUGGUGUCACUUAAUCUAGGUUAUGUAUAUGUUUAAGGCUUUUUUAUACUGUAUAUUUUUUUAGGUUCCCAAUUUUUUUUUGUUUAUAUUAUAUUGACAUCUAUCUUUAUCUCUCCAUUCACAGCCAAUACAGUAACUCAUACGACCAUAUACUGCAUUUAUCAAUAUAUUAAUUUGUCAUUUUGUUCAAGACACAUUUUGGUUAAUAGAUAGCAGUAGUAAGAAAGUUUCCAGGAUGGCUGUCCUCUUAUCCUGGCAAUGGUGGAUAUCCGUGUGCAUUUUGUACAUCAUAUUUUCCAUGCCACAGCAGUGAAAAUGGAUCUCAUCCUGAUACAUAUCCAUGCCAUAGCGGUAUGUUUUGUAUUGUCUUCUCCUUGGGACUACAGUGAUUAUAGGUUCCACCAAAUUAAAUAAAUUCACAAAAUCUUGA